GAAGAAAGAAAAAGAAACCCCAAAACCAAAAUAAUAAUAAUAAUAAUAAUAAUAAGAGAAAAAGUUGCAGAAAAAUUCAGUUUCUUCGUUGUUCCUUGCUCUUAUCUGAGUGAGCUGAGCUCCAUUGAUGAGCUGAUCGGCUUUCACGCAAUUCUUCUCUUCUUUUUUGUUUAUAAUGCGCGCCCUUCUGACCUUAAGGCCGCCAUCUUCAAACCCACCGCCAUGUCUUUCUUCUCUCCAUUUCUCUCCUCCUCUUUCCUCUUCUUUCCUCUUCAGCUUCAGACCCAACAAGCGCUUUCACUUCCUCAAGCCUUGUUCCUCUCUCAAGCAAUCCAAGAAACCCACUCUUCAGAAGACACCCACUAGCGCCCCUCAGAGCUUCAAGUGGCUCUUUAGCCCCAAAUCCAACGACGACGACGCCGGCGAUAAAGGGAAUAAAGGGGUGGACGGAGAUGGAGACGUUUUGGAAGAUGGCACCGCGGUUACGGGCACCCUUUUGGCUGGUGUGCUGCUUGUUGGGGUUAUUGGUGGAUUUGCAUUUGCUGGAUAUGUUUACAGGGAUCCGAUUAACGCGUUCUUGAAUCAGUUUUCGACGUUUAUUGAUGGAUAUGGUCCAGCAGGAUAUGCUUUAUUCGUAGCAGUAUAUGCAGGAUUGGAGAUCCUUGCAAUUCCCGCCAUUCCAUUAACAAUGUCAGCUGGGCUACUCUUUGGCUCUGUAAUUGGGACAGUUAUAGUAUCCAUCAGUGGAACGGUUGCUGCUAGUGUUGCCUUUUUGAUUGCUCGGUAUUUUGCUCGUGAGCGUAUUCUUAAGCUAGUAGAAGGAAACAAGAAAUUUGCUGCCAUUGACAAAGCCAUUGGAGAAAAUGGUUUCAAAGUUGUCACACUCCUACGUUUGAGCCCUUUGCUUCCAUUUUCUCUCGGAAAUUAUUUAUAUGGACUCACAUCUGUCAAAUUUGUUCCCUAUGUGUUAGGAAGCUGGCUGGGGAUGCUUCCAGGAACCUGGGCUUAUGUGAGUGCGGGCGCCUUUGGACGUGCAAUUAUUCAAGAAGAGUCUGAAGUUGGUUUGCUAGGAGGGGGAAAUGGUCAGCUAUGGACUUUAGGACUGGGAUUGCUGGCAACAGCAUUGGCUGCUGCAUACGUUACACGAUUAGCCAAGGAUGCUAUGAAGGAUAUUGAAUAGACAUAGCGCCUUGCUGAAAGUAGGAGGUAUAAAUUAAAUUCAAAAUUGAAUUUGAAAAUUGGCAAAUGCUCUGUAUAUUUUUUAUUUGACCAAUUAAGAGAGAAACUUCUUCAUGUUGCUGAGAAUGUAUAAUAUUUACAAUAAUCAAUAUAAUUAAUCUCUAAUUGUAAUUUUAA